AUGGCUGACCAGGUAUCGCUGUCGUCGCUAGUCGAAACAUGGCUCCGGUGGGACCAGGAUCCCGCCACACGGGCGGAAAUAGAACAGCUACGCAAUGCGGAUUCCAUCAACAUACUGGAACUGAUUCUACGGAAGCGCAUUGAGUUUGGCACCGCGGGCUUACGCGGCCGCAUGGCCGCAGGAUUCUCUUAUAUGAACUGCCUGACCGUGAUUCAAGCAUCGCAGGGGUUGGCAAAAUAUAUUAGAACUAAGCGCCCAGAAAUCGCCUCGAGGGGUGUCAUCAUUGGACACGAUGCGCGCCAUCAUUCCCAUAGAUUUGCCCAGCUCGCAGCCAAUGCCUUCAUUUCUCAGAAAAUCCCCGUGCGGUUCAUCGAUGAGCCUGCACCGACCCCAUUUGUUUCCUUUGGAGUGCGCGAAUUCAACACAGCUGCGGGUGUGGUGGUGACAGCAAGCCAUAACCCGCCGCAAGAUAACGGCUAUAAAGUAUACUCCAGCAAUGGCGCUCAAAUCAAUAGGCCCGAAGAUGGGGAAAUCGCUCAGUCAAUUCUCGAAAAUCUCGAACCUUGGCUUAAUGCCUGGGCAGAAAGCCAACAACCCGGGGACCUUUUUGACGACAACGCCCUCGUGAAGGUCCUUCGCCCGUAUCAACGCCAGGUCAAGGAAUACGCGAUGUCGACCGUAUCACAGCCAUACACUCCGAGAUCAUUCGUAUAUACUCCACUCCAUGGCGUAGGUGGCCUACGACUGUCCCCUCUGCUGAACGACCUGGGAAUCUACGAAGGCAAAGAAUAUUUCACCGUUCCUCGACAGUCAUCUCCUGAUCCAAACUUCUCCACGGUCAAGUUCCCGAAUCCAGAGGAAGCUGGCGCACUGGAUCUUGCAAUCGAGACUGCAGAUAAAGUAGGACAGACAUUGAUUUUUGCCAAUGACCCAGAUGCGGAUCGAUUUGCCGUGGCAGAGAAAGUCGAGGGAAAAUGGUUCCUGUUCACAGGAAAUCACACCGGCGUCCUUCUCGCGUCUCACCUUUUCGAUGCUCUCGAUGUCAACGCUGAUACGUCUAAAAUAACCGUCUUGACAACAACCGUGUCGAGUGGCAUGCUCGAGAAGAUGGCCACCGCUAAAGGUAUUCAAUUCGAAGAGACACUGACCGGGUUUAAGUGGAUGGGCAAUAUCGCCCAGGAUCUUGAAAAGGCUGGACAGACCGUGCCUUUUGCGUACGAGGAAGCAUUGGGAUAUAUGUUUCCCGCCAUCAGCUAUGAUAAGGAUGGUAUAACCGCUCUUGCGGUGUUCAGCAUGGCAGCAGCGAAAUGGAGGAGCCAGGGAUUGACGGUGUUUGACAAACUGCAAAGCCUUUUUGUCGAAUAUGGGCACCAUGAGACCCUCAAUAAUUAUUUUCGGUCUCCAAAUCCCCAACUGACGCUCGAGCUGUUCCGUGGAAUCAGAAGUGGACCAUUUCUCGCUGAAAUGCAACUCGGUGCUUUUAAAAUUCUUCGAUGGAGAGACUUGACCGAAGGAUAUGACUCUGAAACCCCGGAUCAUAUGCCUGACCUCCCCAAGGAUCCUACCAGCCAAAUGCUUACGCUGUGGUUAGAGGGCGGGGUGCGAUUCACUUUCCGAGGCUCGGGCACAGAACCAAAAGUCAAAUUCUACAUCGAAUGCUGUGGAAAAUCUCAGAAUGAUGCCGUCAAGGCAGUUUGUCAUGUUUUUCUAGCCAUUAUGACGGAGUGGGUUCAGCGGUAUACCCCUUCGAUGACUCACAACAAUGAACUCUCUACAUCUUCAGGCAGUAUCUUUAGGGUGGAAAAAUGA